UAUGCCUUGCUUUUUGAAUUCAGGUUGAGCGAACUUUGUUGUCCACGGGCGUACAAUGUCCCAAACAAAAUGGAUUAUGCAGACAAACAAUUAAUUCCGACAACCAAAGUUAAUUUCGCGUUUUCAGUAUGCAUUAGAUAAGAUUUAACCAGGAGUUACGUAAAUAUUUGUUUGUUGUACCGCAAACGCAUAUAUAUAUAUAUAUUUACUUUUAGAGACAGGAAUAACCUGCAGAUAGCAGUGUCAAUUCAGUUAGGCAACCGCUAGCUGAACUGGUCGACUAGCCAGUUUACAACUGUCACCUGCGAUUAUUUUUUUGUUAUUUCCAAAACUUUGGGAUUGUGCCACCACCCCUGUCACACUGCCAUGGCUGACAGCAGCAUAGUUACUUUGGGGAUGGCUCGUAGCCUGCUGGUGGACUCCUCUGUGUAUGACUCCAGGUUGGCUGAGACUACUAAGGAUGUAUUCUUGAGUUUGGACUGUGAAGACAUGGAAGAGCUGCUGCAUCGUGUCGAAACCAGAGUCGUUCUUGUGGGAGAAGCUGCCAAAAAUGGAGCACUUGUUAAAGCACUGCAGGCCGUCCGAAUAAUGGAAGUUCCAGUGGUUAAGAUUAAAGGAGGGGAACCGGGUGUUGAGGCUGGAGAGAAAUUUAUAAAAUCUAUAGUCAAUAUGGAUAUCAACGUGCCUUGCAUAAAGACAGACAAUGUCAAAGAGUUUGGAGAUGGAGAAAACACAGAGUUUGAGACUGUGUUUGUGCUCACAGACUUUGCCUCGCCUGACUACAGCUACCUUUACAAACAUGACAACCGGAUCGUGGGCCCCCCGGUUGUUCUGCACUGUGCGGGACGAGAGGAGCCCCUGCCAUUUUCCUCUCGUCCUUUAUACUCGACCACCAUGCUCAACUUGUCACUGUGUUUCACUGGUUUCCGCAGCAAAGAGGAAGUUAAAAACCUGGUGAAUCUGGUGCAUCACAUGGGUGGCUCCAUCCGUAAGGACUUCAGCACUAAAGUCACCCAUCUCAUUGCAUACUCCACUCAUGGCGAGAAGUACAAGCUUGCUGUGUGUAUGGGCACUCCCAUCCUCACCCCAAAAUGGAUCCAUAAGGCCUGGGAGCAUAGAGAUGAUGUUAAGUUCCAUGCUGGAGAUGAAGAGUUCCGCACAGAGUUCAAAGUUCCUCCCUUUCAAGACUGUGCGCUGAGCUUCCUGGGCUUCUCAGACGAAGACAAGACCAACAUGGAGGAAAGGACAGUCAAACAUGGCGGCAGCUACUUGGAGGUUGGCGAUGAGAAGUGCACUCACAUGGUGGUGGAGGAAAACUCUGUCAAGGAGCUGCCAUUCGUCCCGUCAAAGAGACUUUAUGUUGUCAAACAGGAGUGGUUCUGGGGGAGCAUACAGAUGGAUGCCAGAGCAGGGGAGUCCAUGUACUUCUAUGAGAAGAUGGACAGUCCUGUGAUGAAGAAGGCUGUGUCCCUGCUGUCCCUCAACACACCAAACAGUAACCGGAAGAGGAGGCGUCUGAGGGACACUCUGGCCCAGCUCACCAAGGAGACGGAGAUCUCCCCCUUCCCUCCCCCCCGCAAGAGGCCUUCUGCUGAGCACUCCCUGUCCAUUGGUUCUCUGCUGGACAUCUCCAACACCCCAGAGACCUGCAAGGCCCUGGCAGAACACUCCCGGCCGUCGAAGAGCUCUACACCUGCUGUCCUGAAGCAGUCUGCAAGAUGGCAGGUCUCCAAGGAGUUAUACCAGACAGAGAGCAACUAUGUGGAUAUUCUCACCACAGUCAUGCAGUUGUUCAAACUCCCCCUGGAAAAGGAAGACCAAGUUGGAGGACCCAUUUUGGCUCAGGAAGAAAUCAAGACCAUCUUUGGCAGCAUCCCAGAGAUCUAUGAUGUACACACCAGGAUAAAGGCCGAUCUGGAAGUGCUGGUUAUGGACUGGUCUGAAGACAAGAGUGUCGGGGACAUCAUUCUCAAAUACUCUAAAGACCUGGUGAAGGCUUACCCACCAUUCGUCAACUUCUUUGAGAUGAGCAAGGAUACGAUAGUGAGGUGUGAGAAGCAGAAGCCACGUUUCCAUGCUUUCCUCAAGAUCAAUCAGUCGAAGCCCGAGUGUGGGCGGCAGAAGCUGGUGGAGCUUCUGAUUCGCCCCGUGCAGAGACUGCCAAGCGUUGCCCUCCUUCUCAACGAUAUUAAGAAGCACACUGCCGAUGACAACCCUGACAAAAUCACUUUGGAGAAGGCAAUCGAAUCACUCAAGGAAGUUAUGACUCAUAUAAACGAAGACAAGAGAAAGACAGAGGGACAGAAGCAGAUCUUUGAUGUUGUCUAUGAAGUUGAUGGCUGCCCUGCCAACCUGCUCUCGUCCCACCGCAGCCUGGUCCACAGGGUGGAAACCAUCGCCCUGGGAGACAAACCCUGUGACCGAGGUGAAAAUGUCACACUCUUUCUCUUCAACGACUGUCUCGAGAUUGCCAGGAAGAGACAUAAGGUGAUCAGCACAUUCAGGAGUCCUCUGGGCCAGACGCGGCCUGCAGCCCAACUCAAACACAUCACCCUCAUGCCUCUGUCCCAGAUCAGGAGGGUCUUGGACCUGCAGGAUACAGAGGAUUGCCAUAAUGCCUUUGCCCUGGUGGUGCGCCCGCCCACGGAGCAGGAGAAUCUUCUCUUCAGCUUCCAGCUGACCACUGAGGACACAAUGAAGUCAACCUGGCUGAAGAUGCUCUGUCGCCAGGUGGCCAAUACCAUCUGCAAGGCUGACGCGCAAGAUCUAAUUCAGUGCACUGAGCCUGACUCUGUCCAAGUGAGCACAAAGGAUAUGGACAGCACACUGAGUAAAGCCUCUAGAGUCAUCAAAAAGACUUCAAAGAAGGUAACGAGAGCCUUUUCCUUCACCAAAACACCCAAACGGGUGAUCCAGAGAGCCUUCAUGGCCAACAGCACCCCAGAUGACAAGAGCCCUGGCCCUAGCUCCGAGAACAUGAGCCGUGUGGGCAGCAGUGCCACCCUGUCUGCGAUGCACUCUCCCUCCAUGGUCAACCUGCCAUCCAUGUUUGAGAGGAAGUACCACACGUUCAGUCGCUCCACAACCCACCUGUUCUGAUUGACUCAGAGGGGAUAAACCCAGCACGCUCUUCUGCACCGUGCACCCCUCACUGUAAUUCAAUUAGCUCACCUUUCUGCAAUGGUACUGCUGAUUGGCAUGUUCUGUAAGUUUCUUUUAAUUAACACAAGUUCAGGCAGAUAUUGUCCGACUUGGAAAAUGAAGGAUGUGUAUACCCUUGUAUUUAGUGUUUACUUGCAAUGUUACAAGUUGGCUUCAUGUGGUAGACAUGUUGACAUAUGUAAUAAAUAGCCACAUAUAUAGAGAAGAUAUUCACUGACAUUUUAUAUAGUUUUGUCGUAGAGGUAUAUAAUUCACUGAAUGAUUAACCAAUGAAACUAUAUCUUUGUUUUAUGGGAACAAGCCUGUUGGUUUCACUUACUAUAGUUUCCAGCUUUUAUAAAGCUCUUGAAAUGUUUUUACUUUUUAUACAAAUGAUCAGGAAUAGUGGAACAAAAGCAAACACAAGCUGUAAGUCUGUCUGUUUGCUGUAGUUUUUAGGUGAUUUAUUUUGUUGUCAAGUGGUUGUUUUUGUUCAGAAGGGACUGGGAAUGAUGCUGCAGUACAUAUUUAUUCUUCAUAAUCAUUUUAUAAAUAGUCUAUAAAAAGUAUUUCUCUCUUGCUAUUAAUGUGUAAUUGUGCCUCUAUCCUGUUUGUCUGUCAUUAUUGGUACUGUAUCAUCUUCCAAUGUAUCUGUAUCCAACGCACUUACACAUGUACAUGAUCCAACUUUAUUUCUAGUUUUUUUUUUUCAGUUAUAGGGUGUUAACUACUUUUGUCAACAGAUGAAUUAAAAAAUAAAUAAGCACCCCUCAUCCCCAUUCAUCUGUAUUGAAUAGUGGCUAUUAUUAUACAGUCACUUAUGGUUUGGAAUUUAAUUAUUUUAAUAAAAUCCCUUGAAUUGAA